AUGGAUGGGAAAAACCAAAAGUCCUUGGCGGAUGACAUGGCCACGCCCCAAUACCGCCCGGAGGUGUUGAUCGGGAACUGGGCUGAGCGGCGCUAUGCCGUUGAGGAGCAGAGUAACGCCAUCUUGCCGGGCAUCUGGGUGAGUGGCUGUGAGCACCAUCGGUCGCUCUGCCAGGAUACGUACAACCGCUUCCCCUUCGAUGCUCUCGACACGGUUUCCUUCUUCGUAGAGCAACGCAAGCAGGCUUACCAGAACUUCAUGAGGAAUAAGGGGUCGUGCUUGAAUUUUGUGGACCAUGAGCUACUAAAGCGAAACUUCACUACAACGAACACUCUGGAGUUUCAGGAGCUGCCUCGACUACGUCUUCUGCAACCGAAAGGUGAGAAGGAGAAGAGUGGUCCUCCACAGCAACCGGUGGAUGUGGACAGACUACAGGCCUUUGGGAAUCUUACCAAGACGCACAACUAUCUCAUGCGAUUCAAAUGCCAGAAACUGCUGGACGAGAUCAGCUACAUGCAGACUAGCUACUCCGCCAGCUUCAACCGCCCCUGGAAGAGUAACCCAAUCUUUGAGUACGGACCAGACUACGACGGAGUCGUAAAGUUCGACUUGACCUGCUAGAUGCUAUCUUUAGACUGAGUUCCAAAUUGAAAAUGUGUUCUUAAAUGAAACAAAAGCCUCUAUAUUACAAGAUUCAAUUUAUUUCAAA